CAUCUGCUGUCAAGAGAGCCCUUACAACUUCUCUAUCUUUCAGCACCUUACUGGAGCUUUUGUCCUUUUUUGGGAUAAUAUUGUGGAUUAUCCAUAGCCCCAGAAUAUAAGAGUUUUGGAUUUCUACCAGAGGACCCAUGUGGAUGGUGGAGAGGAUCCGCAUGUCAGUGGAGAGAACUAGCCUGCCUACCUUGACAGCAGAACUCAGCUAUAAACUUGGUGACAUCAUGCUGGGAGAAAAGGCUGACAAAUCCAAACGGAUUUCUCUUUGUCCUAAUAUCAUCACCCCUGACAACAUCCCAGAAUUCUGCAUUCCCCCAACGAUCCUGUCCUUGCAGGAGAAGAACACGGAGCAAAGCCGAGCAGCUCGCAUUAUGAAGGUGCCUCCAGGUGAAGGACCCAGCCCUGAGACGGAGAUGACGUUUCAUGAGCCGUUCAACCAACACAUUAUUCAGGUAGAAAGUGUGGAUGAGAGCCCCUACGAUGGCUGCAGUGAUGAAGAGAGCACCAAUGCAGACCCUCAGAGCCAGGCUGCCUUAUCGCUUCCACACUUAGCCAAAACCCAGACCAGCUAUGGCUUUUGCACUUUACUAGAGAGCCCCCACACAAGAAGAAAGGAGUCAAUUUUCCAUUCUGAUCCAGGCUCUUCUCCCCUGCUGCUGCCCAGAAGUCGAUCCAGCAUGUGUUCCAAACUCACCCCCUCCACCUCGCCCUCCUCCUCUCCUUCCUCCUUCAGCCUUAACAGCCUGACCUCCAGGCUUUCCCCAAGAGGCUACACCCUAAACUGGCAGACCACUCUAGACAGUGAUACCACUUCCUCUACUGAAUCCUCUCCUUUCAGCUCGCCGCUGCUGGCCAGGUGCCCUGCCAAGUCUUCCCUCUUCAAAGCGCUGAGCCAUGAACUGCUGUUGUCAAGGAACAUAAGGAAAGCAAUGGUGUCUAGGAACAAUUCCCUGUCCACAGAUGAAGGCAGCUCCACCGACAACAGCCCCAAUGUCAUGAGGAGGGCAUCAGAGGGGUUGGCUGAAGGGCUGCCCAGCAACUACAGCCUGGCACCACCCACCAUUUUCCCCAUGGACUUGAUUCUGCAUAGAGAGAGGGUCAUGAAGGAAAAAAUGGUGCCCAUUGGAAAAGAGGGCAGUCUGAGACUCUCAGCAGAAUACUGUCCAGAUAACCGAAGACUGCGAGUUCGACUCAUCAGUGCAGAGGGCCUUUAUCCUCUGUCUGUAGACCCCAAGAUUAUCAACUGUAGUGUCAGCCUGUCUCUGAUUCCCGGAAAAAUCCAGAAGCAACGCAGCACUGUCAUCAGAAAGAGCCGUAAUCCGAUCUUCAAUGAGGAUUUCUUCUUUGAUGGUAUCUCAGAGGAAGACCUCAGCCAGCGGUCCCUUCGCUUUAAAGUCGUGAACAAAAUGUCCACUCUGAAAAGAGACUAUCUGCUUGGUGAUUGUGAUUUGCCUCUUUCAAGCAUUGUAACCUUAUAAAGUGAAGUACUUUGGCAGUU